AUGAAAAAUAUUAAAUUUUCUCAAGAUUAUACUACUGAUAGCUUGGGAAUAUCCAGAACAACCUUUUCAAAGACCCAAAUAUCUCUCAAUAAAGUUAUGAGUCUAAAAGGAUCAUCUUAACCUCAAACAGACAGAACUGAAUUCAAUUAUCAAACUCCACUUGCUCAUUUACCAGAAUUGAAGAUGAAACAAGCAAAAUCCCAAAGGAAGAUUGGACAGAGACUUACCAAAAAAUGUACAAGAUAAAGUGAUUUCUUUAAUGUUUACAAGGCUCCAGAAACCUUAUAAACUAAUCCUGAUACGCUCAAAAAAUAAUCUCGAAUUUACAAAAUGACCUAAUAUAUCAUCCAAUAAUAUAAUGAAGAUAUCAAAGCCAUUAGAGAUUCCUAAGAUUACGAUGAAGCUAUUGCUGAACAAAAAGUUUCAAAGUACUUAACUGAAGCCUGGCUAAGCAUUGAAUAACUUAUACAAACUUUAACUAAUUUGUUAGCCUACAAAUUCAAUAGAUAAGAGUGUGAAUAACAAAUGAAGGAAAUUCUAGUUGAAUGCUUUAAAUAAAAGAAUAUUUGUGUACAUCAAAGAAUACUUUACAUUUUUGGAAAAAUAGAAUAAUUAUUUUAUAACCCUAUCCAAGGAGCUAUCUAUUUCAAAAUCUGUAAACGAUUAUCAGACACUGAUGCCCAUUACAGUAAUAAAAUGAAAUCCUACAGAGGUUUGGGUGAAUGUCUACUUAGGAUCUACCCAAAAUUAAGCUAAUUGUACUUCACCAAAUAUUUGAUGGCUGCCUGGAAACUCAAACAAAAGAAUGAUGAAUUACUUGCCUAUGAAUUAUUGGGGAAGUAUUAUUUUUACGUUGGUUAAAUUGAAAAGGCCAAACUCUUCCAUGAUAGAAUGAUUAAUGGAAAUUGUGAGGAUGAAAAUUCUAGAGUCCGCUUGCUAGCCUUGAGUCGAUUGGAAUAAGGGAGUUUAGCAAAUAAGAUUAAUAAAGAUCAUAUGAUUGUUGAUGUCGAAUAAGUAUCCUCUGAUGAUGAGUGCUAUGAAAUUGUAUUUCCCUAAAAAUCAGAUAAUAUUCAUUAAAAAUAUUAUGUUGAAAAAUACUUUCAAAAGAAAAUACCAGAUAUUAAAGUCAUUAAAGAUGAAGCAAACUUAAAUAUUAGAUAAACCGAAAGAAAAUAUCAUUCAUAAUUUUUCGGUAAUGAAAAUUUCGAACCAUCCAGAGUCGUAGUUUCUAAUCCUCAUCAAAGUCUUGGAUCAAUCAAGGAUAAAGUUUUGAUGAGUCAUAUGACUCCUAAUAGAAAAUUAGAGAUGUAUUAAUAUAUAGCAUUGGCUAACGAUAAAACUGGGUUUGUCAACUCACCAAGAUAUGAAGGAUUGUAUAAUAAAUAUGAGGGAAUCAAGUUUAAUAAAAUUAUCAACAGAACCAUUGAAUAAUUUAAUAAUAUUCAAUAAUGGAUUACUUCUCAAGAAAAAACACCCACUUUACCAUAAACAACAAUAAGAAGAAAAGGUUACUUUCUAGUCUGA